AUGGGGAAAAAAUGGCGAUAUGGAAUCAUCUUUGAUGCUGGUUCCUCGGGCACACGCUUAUACGUUUACAAAUGGAAGGAUCACGCCAAAGCCAUAAAGCAUGCCACUGUGGAAGAGCUUCAUAGUUUGCCCAAGAUCAAGCUGCAGACGAGCGAAAAGAUUCGCCCUGGCGUGUCCUCCUUUGCCGAGAAGCCAGAAGAGAUCGGUCACGGACACCUGGAAUCCCUCAUCAACUUGGCCCUAAAGGAGGUUCCCGACAAGAAGGUUGCCGACACGCCCGUCUACCUCAUGGCUACGGCCGGCAUGCGUCUCCUUCCCGACCACCAACAAAAGGCUCUCCUCCGCAACAUGUGCUCCUACCUACAACAAAACACGCGAUUCUCGCUACCCGACUGCAAUACCAACAUCCAGGUAAUCUCUGGGGAGACUGAGGGUCUGUACGGCUGGCUCGCUACAAACUAUCUGCUUGGCGGUUUCGACCACCCCGACAAGCACACGCACGGUAAAGGCCACCACACAUACGGCUUUCUGGACAUGGGAGGUGCCUCGGCGCAGAUUGCGUUCGCGCCAAACAGCACAGAAGCUGAGAGGCAUGCCGACGAUCUAAAGCUUGUUCGCUUGCGCACCCUGGACGGCAGCACCAUUGAGCACAGGGUCUUCACCGCCACCUGGCUUGGCUACGGCGCGAACCAGGCCCGCGAGCGUUAUAUCGACAAGCUCAAAGAACAGUACGGCAAGCCCAACGACCUCGAGCUACCGGAUCCGUGCCUCCCUGCGGGCUUGCGAACAGACGUCAAAGGCGACCCUGUCGAGGCUGAGUCUGUGGGCAAGGAACUCUCCCUACUCGGCACCGGUCGAUUCGACGAAUGCCUGCGCCAAACCGAGCCUCUACUUGGAAAAGACACUCCGUGUACAGAUGAGCCUUGCCUCCUCAACGGCCAGCACGUACCAAACAUCGAUUUCGACGUGAAUCACUUUGUCGGUGUCUCGGAGUUUUGGCACACGACCCACGGAGUAUUUGGAAAGGGUCACAAGACGGCAUACGACUUGGCAACAUACCAGAAGAACGUGGUGGACUUUUGCACACAGAAUUGGGUGGAUAUCGAAUCCAAGAUUGAUGCGCGAAAGAAGUCUUCUGCCCAGAAAGCAAAGAAUGCCCAGGAAGCCUGCUUCAAGGCGUCCUGGCUCAUCAAUGUCCUUUACGAAGGAAUCGGCAUCCCGCGACCAGGACUUGAACAUACGCCGCAACCCGGUCUCAACGUCACGAAGGGUACCCUGGAGGAAGCCAAGGAAAAAGGGUUCGUCGAUCCCUUCCAGCCAGUCAACGAAAUCGAUGGCGUCGAAGUCAGCUGGACCCUGGGUAAGAUGGUGCUGUAUGCCGCCGGUCAAGUUCCCCCCUCAGGAAGUGCCCAGCCGGUUGGCUUUGGAAGCAACGUUGCCGGCGCGACCGACUUUGAGCCCGCGGGAUCCAAGUUUUCCCCUAUAACGAUCGGAGAUAACGAUGACGACGACGAUUGGGAUGCUGAUGAGCUCCUGGACAAGGCGAAGACGAAAUCUGGAUCUGGUCUCCUGGCUUUCAUCCUGGUUCUGGUUGUCUUAGCCUUUUUCCUGCGCAAGCGAGACCGCCGAGCACGAUGGUUCGGCAAGGUUGCGUCUGCCGUUCGUGGAACGAGACGUCCGGGCAGUCCUCGCAAGUUCGGGCGGGGCUUUUCAUUCACCAACAAGCUUUUCGGACGGUCAUCGGCAACCUACGAACGAGUUCUUGAAGAGGGCGAUGCCGAUCAGUUCGAGCUAGGCUCCGUCGACUCUGAUGAGAACGAGCACUCUGACAGCAGCGAGGGCUCCAGAGCAGGUCAUUCUUCCGGCCUUGCCACCCCGAAACUCAACAUUGAGCGAUUCGACGACGCUCGACCAACCUUUUCGAUGGACCGCGGUGGUUUGGCAGUGAGAACGGAGAGCAGGGAGAGGCUGGUACCAAGUCUGGUGAAUGCGGGACGUCGCAGUCGCGCUGGUAGUCCGACACGACUGAAGAGUCCGCUUAUGAAGCCCUUGGAUGAGGAUUAA